AUGACGUCGUAUGGCGCGCAGGGUGGCACAGGAGGAGGUGGCUUCAUACCCGGCGGCAGCCAGAACAGUCCCAGCGGCGCAACUAGGGAAUACGGCAACGAGACACUACGACCGGUCACGAUCAAGCAAGUGCUAGACGCAGAGCAGAAGCCCGAUUCCGAGUUCAGCCUCGACGGCUCGCGGAUAACGCAGAUCACCCUCAUCGGCCAAGUCCGCAAUAUCUCCACCCAAACCACAAACGUGACCUACAAGCUCGACGACGGCACCGGCACGCUGGAAGUGAAGCAAUGGAUCGACUCAGACGCGCCCAGCCCCCUCGAUGGCGGUGACACCUCAAAGCCCAAGAUCGUCGACAACGCCUACGUGCGCGUGUGGGGCAAGAUCAAGGACUUCAACAACCGCCGCCAUGUCGGCGCGCACGUCAUACGCCCGAUAGCAGACUACAACGAGAUCUCGUACCACCUGCUCGAGGCCACAGUCGUGCAUCUAUACUUUACGCGGGGCCCGCCGGACGCGGCUGCGGGCAAGGGGGGCCAGGGUGCUGUGGCGUACGGCGGGCAGCAACAGAUUGGGUAUGGGAACCAAGGGAUGGGCGCGUUUGAGCCGCUGCCGAAUGGCACGUCGGCCGCUGCGAGGAAGGUGUAUGAGGUGCUGAAGAACUCACCGCAGAGUAACGAGGGCCUGCAUAUGCAGGACAUCGCGGGGAGGGGACGCAUGGAUAUGGCGGAGGUCGGAAAGGGGAGUGAUGAGUUGUUGGCGCUGGGGAAGAUUUAUACGACUGUUGAUGAUUUGACGUGGGCGAUUUUGGAUACAUGA